CCUCGGCCGUGACUUCAGCGCCGCGGCAGAGGCAUCAAGGCGGGAUGCGCCAGGCGGGGAAGGGGCCGGGCCCCGGGUGCAGCGCCUGUGGGUAGGCGAGUGCCAUGGCGGGGCGGGCGGCGCCAUGUCGGGGGUAGCCUUGAGGGAGCGGUGGCGGCACGGCCGCGUUCGUGCUGCGGGGCAGCGGGAAGGGCGGCCCCCGCCGCGGGCCCGCCUCGCCCGCAGCCGCGGUGAGGGGGAGGCGGCGGCGGGAGGCCAGGCGGAGAUGAACGCGUCGGGACGGCUGCCGGCGGGGGGCGAGCAGGACCCCCCCGCAGCUGCUCUGCUGUCGUUGGGUGGGAACGGCAGCGCGGGCAGCGGCCCCGCGGAGCUGCGAGAGGCGACCCAUGCCGUAACGCUGGCGGCCUGCGUCUGCUUACUGGCCCUCAUCUUCUGCCUGGGCUCCUACGGCAACCUCAUCGUCCUUCUGUCCUUCUUCGAUCCCGUCCUCAGGAAAUUCAGGACCAACUUCGACUUCAUGAUCCUCAAUCUUUGCUUCUGCGACCUCUUCAUCUGUGGGGUGGCCGCCCCCAUGUUUGCCUUUGUGCUCUUUUUUGACUUGACCCGAGGCGUCCCGGGAGCCUUUUGCUUCACCUUCCACCUCACCAGCUCCGGCUUCAUCAUCAUGUCGCUCAAGACAGUGGCGGUCAUUGCCCUGCACCGACUGCGCAUGGUGCUGGGAAAGCAGCCACACCACACAGCCUCCUUUCCUUGCACCCUUCUUCUCACCCUGCUUUUGUGGGCUACUAGCUUCACCUUGGCUACCUUGGCCACCCUCAAAACCCACGACUCCCGCCUCUGCUUGCCCAUGUCCAGCUUUGCUAGUGGUGAGGGGAAGAUCAUCCUCUACCUUUACGUCAUUGACUUCAUCUGCUGUGUGGCUGUGGUCUCUGUCUCCUAUGUCAUGAUCGCCCAAGCCCUGCGGAGGAAUGCCCAGGUGAGGAAGUGUCCACCUGUGAUGGCUGUAGAUGCCUCCAGACCACAGCCCUUCAUGGGACCCCUAGCCACUGGGGCCAGGGAGGGCGUGAAAGGCUCCAUGCCUGCCUUGUACAGGAACCAGAGCUACAGCGAGCCACAGCAUGUCCAGAUUCAUGGUUAUGCCAAGCGUCUUGGCCAGCCUUUGGCCACUACUGGCCAACUCCAGCUAGUGUCAGCAGUCAACCUGUCCACAGCCAAAGACUCCAGAGCAGUGGUGACGUGCAUCAUCAUUGUGCUUACAGUAUUGGUUUGUUGUUUGCCCUUGGGCAUCUCUUUGAUGCAGGACAUGCUGUCCAGCAGCAGCAGCUUUGUUCUCUACCAGUUUGAGCUAUGUGGAUUUACUCUCAUUUUUUUCAAAUCAGGAUUAAAUCCUUUUAUAUAUUCUCGCAACAGUGCAGGACUUCGGAGACGGGUCCUCUGGUGCCUGCAGUAUGUAGCCCUCAUCUUUUUCUGCUGCAAGCAGAAGACAAGGCUUCGGGCCAUGGGCAAAGGCAGCCUGGAAGUCAACAGGAACAAGUCAUCCCACCAUGAGACGAAUUCAGCCUACAUGUUGUCUCCAAAACCUCAGAAAAAGUUUGUGGACCAAGCUUGUGGUCCUAGUCACUCCAAGGAGAGUGUGCUGAGUCCUAAGGUGUCUGAUGGGCACCAGCACUAUGCACAGAGCAGCUCCACCCCCAUGAACACUCGGAUCGAGCCCUAUUACAGUAUCUAUAACAGCAGUCCUUCCUUGGAAGUGAGCACACCAAACAGCUUACAGCCAGCAAACUCAGCUUUUGGGUUUGCCAAACCCUACAUUGCCAUGCAUUAUCACACCACCCACAACUUGGUGCAAGACUAUGACAGUGCUUCAACCAAGCAGAUACCAGUGCCCUCAGUGUAUCCUUAGAAAAGGUUCUGGUCUGGGCAAACCCUUUUUUGUUUUUGUUAAUAAUUAUUUUGAACUUGGUGUUACUGCUGCCAGUUAAGGAAGUCGGCACUAACAUUGAUACCAAACUAUCUGCAUUUGAAGUGAAUACUGGGAUAUUACUCUGAUGAUGCUUUCUUGAGUUUCUGAGGGAAGUGAAAAGGGGGGAUGUUGUAGAUCUGUAUUUGGAAUUGUUACAUAAAGGUGUUUUUGUUACCAGAUUUUACUACUGGACAGGCAAAAGAGUA